AUGGCUAAACUCAACAAGGCUACUUUUCUUGCUUUCUUCUUCUGCUUCCUCAUUAUUGCAUCCUUCGAGAUGCAAAUGGGGGAGGCAAAACCUUGCUCCAAACUCAGCAAAGGAUGGCGUGGGUCGUGUGCAAAUCAUAAAUGCAGCCAUUACUGUCAGCAACAUGAAGGAGCUUACAAUGGACUACUUUUCUUGCUUUCUUCUUCUGCUUCCUCAUUAUUGCAUCCUUCGAGAUGCAAAUGGGGGAGGCAAAACCUUGCUCCAAACUCAGCAAAGGGUGGAGUGGGUCGUGUGCUCAUGAUAAAUGCAGCAUUUACUGUCAGCAACAUGAGGGAGCUUACAAGGGUACUUGUGGAAAACAUCACCUUGGUAAGCAUCAUCUUUGCUACUGCCACUACCAUCAUUGCUAAUCAAUGA